AUGUCAAGAACUCGUGGCGAACCAUCUCCUGGUCCCAACUUGUCAGCGACGUCUUCGUCAUCACCGACUCCUCCACCCUCAUCAUCUACCCCUUCGACGGCGUCGACCGCCAUUGUGCGGCAGCGCGAUAGCAUUACGAUUGAGACGCUGAGAGACAUGCUGAUCUCACUGAGAGAGCAGACGACUGCGCUUUUGGAGGGCCAGGUGUCAAUAGACCAUAUGCUGGACGAGUUGCGAGAGACACGCUCAGGUCCUCUGGACAUCAAGGAGCUCAAUAACCGGUUUUGGGCCAUUGAGGUCCUUUUGCGUCAACUUAUCGAUAGACAGGUUGAGACUGAACGACCUGUACACAUCCAGCCGCCAUCAGAGUCUGUUUCUGAUGUCGGGACAGUUGUAGACGCAAAGGAUUUUCAGCGCUGGCAGAAUUGGACGCGGCUCCUGAGGGACCGCGUCCCUCCUGCUGCACCCCAGCCACUUCCAGCUCGUGGAAAUCUUGACGAUGAGCUGCUAGCCUUAUUGCAGGCACCCCUGCCCCAAGUGCCUAUAGGCGUCCAGCCGCCUCCGGCAUUGAUCCCCUUCGCUUACCAACCUGCGAUUGCCACAGAGCCAGUGCUGUUCUCGCCCGAGAUUCAACACUCACCUAUCACCCAUCCUACUCCAGGUUGCCGUGGCGGUCGGAGACUGCGCAACCGACCCGUAACUGAGGCCGAGACAGUAUUUUCUGGUGCACUCAGGCCGCCUACUCAGCAACCGGUGCUACCACCCGGAGUUUUUUCUCCACCCCUGCCUAUUAAUAUUCCUCCUGUGCCAAUCAACGUGCAUGGAAGACCUCCAAGCGCACCUCAGCACCUUGGACGCAAUGACGACACUCACGAGCCUCAAACCUGGUACCGUCCCCCAAGAUUACCGGGCUUAGGCAUGCCUCCUCCGCCUGUUAUCCCUGGUCAACAAGGUGGUCGCCAAUACGUGCCAAUGCCUCCGGGACCAACCGUAGUGCAAUCACCACUCUCUGACACAUUGAUGAACAUCCUUCGGGCAAGUUACGCUAUUGAUAUCCUGUCGAGACGCUAA